GAAACAGUUUCAGUCUUGAAUUGUGAGAGAGUAGUAUUUCAAUACAACCAUGUCGGUGAUAGGGAUUUCAGUAUUUUCAAUCGUGUUUGUAUGUUUGUCGAGGAAUUUUGUGUCAGCUGAAGAUCAAUCUCAACCUCCACACAAUGAAACUAUCGGAAAAUUUUUAUCGAAUUCUUGGAAACUGUGUUCGUCUGCCACAUCCGUGUCUCUAUGUGUCAAACAACGUUCUCUGCUAGCUUUCGAAAGACUUUCGCAGAGCAACGACGAGAUUGUUUUUCCCGGUGAACUGAUAUCGUUGGUGAAGACGAAUGGAUACGUUGCUGAUCAAAAUUCACAUCAGGUGUCCGAACAAGAUCUUCGCCGCCACCUUCCCAAGGAUGAACGUCUACAAGAGCAGACCCUCAACAUCCUGCUGCAAAGUGCCUACAAGAGGUUCCUGUCCAGUCGGUCGCUGCAGAUUCGUCUGCCUUCGGCCUACAAUCUACUCACAUCCGAAGGUCGAGGCGACAAGAAGAAAGGCGGCAACGGAGCGAUGAUGGGGGCGAUGAUGGCCGCCUGCAUGAUGAUCCCCUUCGCGCUGGCAGGCAUCGGCAUGAUAGCAGGCAAGGCGCUGAUGACAAGUAUGUUGGCGCUGAUGCUGUCUGUGCUGAUGGGGUCGCGACGGAGCAACGACAGUCAUGGCAGCUCCUACGAGGUCAUCAGUCUGCCAGCCAGCGGGUCGCAUCACGCGCUUCAUGCUCGCAAUCUGAUUCUCCCCACCGAUCUGCCUUAUCAGGGCAGUCAGCCCCACCAAUCAGAUGUGCCGCAACUUCUGUCGAAAUCAAAAUAGACAUUAUGUAGUGGUAAAUGGAAGGAAUCAGGCUGAUGGGGCAUUGCUUGAUUCCAGGCAAUGCAGAAAUCAGAAUUAUGUAGUAGUAGAGGAAUCAGGUGCUUAAUCUGUGCUAGAAUGUUAGUGCACCAAAUUUUCAUUACUGCAACCAAUAAAAUUAGUCUAAUGAUUCGAGUUAGAAUCGGACUCUGAUUUGUGCAACAACAUCUGCAAGAAUAACAAAUAAAUAAAUGACAUUUAUUUUCCAAUCUAAGACAAAUGUACAAUAGACAGUCAGUAUCUAAAUUACAAUGACGCUUAGAGGAACAAGUUGUUGCAAGUUUUAAGAAAUUUUUUAACUUGAAAAUUUUGUGGAGUCUGACUCUUGAAUGCAACGUGAGAGCAUCAUUCGCCAAUCAGAAUGCUGUCUUAAAUGAAAAUCUAUUUAUCAUUCUAGUAUAUCGUAAUGAAAUAAUUAUUAAUUUCAAUCUAUAUAAUGCUAUUCAUUAUUUUUUUCAAUCUAAUUGCGAUUAAUUAUGGGCCUACUAAUGAAUCAUAUUGAAUAAACAUUUUAAUGAUAACUAUAUCGAAUCCAAAUCCAAAUGACCAAUUUAUCUGAAAUACGCCUACAAUGUUGUGUGAUCAGAUAGAUGAAAAUGUUACGUAAUUCAAUUCCAUUCAUUUUUAAAUAUUGGUCGGUACUUUGGUAGCUAGAAUACUAAAAGUCUGAAUUCAAAGGGAGAUUAACGUAUGGAGAUGACAAUUUCAUCAUUCUUGGUAGGCUACAAGUAUAAGCUAUAAGAAACGUUUCGGCAGAAUAGAAAUAGCAAUAGACCAAUAGAAAGUGGUAUAGUAACCUUGAUCAUGCAUGAAUACUGUAUUAUAUUGAAUCUUGAUGCUUUUACAUUUAUUUUAUUAUGAUGUUAUUAAUUCUAUCACAAUCAUUAUUCAUGUGAAUAAUAAAUUAAUCAAAGACAUGCUGUAAUCUCUUGAGGAUGUGAGAAUAUCAUUGACACUAUUCUUAAAGAAUAUUGUAUAUUUAUAAUUAUUUAUUUAUUUGAUAAAAUAUAUCCAAUUGCUAAUCUA